AUGUUUCGCAGUCGAAACCUCAUUGGGGACGACAACGGGCGAGAGGAAGGAGAGGAAGCGAGAGAUGGGCAAUGCCCAUCCAACCAACGUCCUCAGUGGGUCCCCUUGACAGCUGCAUGUGGGGUACGCAUACAACACGGCUUCCUCUCCCCUCCCUUCCCCUCUCCCCCCUCCCUUCCCCCAUCUCCACUCCCUUCCACUCUCUCCCCUCCCUUCUCCCCUCUCCCCUCCCUUCCCCUCCCCUCCCUUCCCCUCUCUCCCUUCCCCGCUCUCCCCUUACCUCGAUAUUUGCUCCUCCAUAUCUUCCCCCUCGUGUUCUCCUCUGCGCUCGCCCCAUUCAUCGACUCUUCUUGGCCUUCACUCACGUCCUCCUCCCUCCUCGCCUCCUUCCUGGAUGUUUCCUUCUCCGACUCCCUCUGUGGCUCCUGGGCUCCCGCCUACUCCCCGUCUGAAGCACUCAAAGCCUUCUCUCGUCCCCUCCCUCCCCCAAUUUCUUGCCGCCCCAUCCCGCAGUCCUCUUGGGCCCCCCUCGCGUCCUCCUCCCCGCUCGCCCCCUUCCUGGAUGUUUCCUUCUCCGACUCCCUCUACGAGGCAGGGGGGCUAGGGGAUUUCCUCACAGGCCUCGCCACCGCCUUUGCCUGCGCGCUGCUCUCCCACCGAGCCUUCCUGGUCCGGCACCCGUACCUCCCGCUGGCCUUUGCGCCGAACCUGGUGGACUGGUCGUGGACCCCGGACGUACCUGUGGAGCCGGCUCGGAAGCUAGCUCUGGAAGAUGGGAAGCUGGGCGGGAGCAGGGCAGAGAGAGAUGGAGGAAGAGGGGGAGACGGAGGGGGAGAAGGAGGGAGUGUGGGGGGAGAGGGGAGGGGAGGAGGGGAGGUGGAGGUGCAGGAGGGGGAGGUGGUGGUGGUGGAUUUCAGGAACCGAUUUGUUGAGCCGGAGGAGGUGUUUGGGAUCAUGGAUAAGGCGAUGAACGUGCGGGUGACGUGGAAUAGAGGCCUGCUCACCUACCUCCUCGUGCAGGCAUUUGAGAAGAAGUGGGCGGACAGACUAAAGGACAUGGGCAUGCGGCCUCCCUUUGCCUUUGGCUGCAUCCUGCGAUUCCUCCUCAAGCCGCAACCAGCGGUCAUCUCUCGAGUGCAAGCCAUCUACCACCACCUCCUCUCCCCGCCCCCCUCCUCCUUCCGCCCAUCGCACCCGCACCCCUCCUAUGGCCCUUCGAAUCGAGGGGUGGUGGUGGUGGGGAUGCAUAUAAGAGCGGGGGACACAAUGGUUUGGGAGGGAGAAUGGGGAUUCGGCGAUCCCAAGGCGUUGAAUGCCACACAGAUGGAUGCGCUGCUGUCGUGGGCUGACCAGUACAUAUCGUGUGCCAAGGCAUUGGGGGAGUGGUGGGUGCCCUCCCCGCCCUAUGAGGUGCGCUGGCUCGUGGUCACCAACUCUCUGCCGCUCAAGACCGCCCCUCAUGUUCACAUGUAUCCUCCCUCCUCUCAUCCCCCUCUCAUUCCCCUCUCAUCCCCCUCUCAUUCCCCUCUCAUCCCCCUCUCAUCCCCCUCUCAUCCCCCUCUCCGCCCCUAUCAUCCACCCACGCAGGCACUGGAGGAGUGGUGGGUGCCAUCCCCGCCCUAUGAGGUGCGCUGGCUCGUGGUCACCAACUCGCUGCCGCUCAAAACCGCCCUCUGGCUCAAAUACCCCCACAGGGUACGAAAUCCUUUCUCUCUCUCUGUUUCUCAAGACCGUCCUCUGGCUCAAGUACCCCCACAGGCCUUCUCUUCCCUGCCUGACCUCUCUCUCAUCUCACCACCACCCAUCUGCCCCUCGUUUGUGGCAUAG